UGGGCUAGCGGGGUACAUGCUAUACUGUGCAGUCGGCGCCAAUAGGAGGGGCGUUAUAUUCUAUAUAGAAACAGGCGGAAUGCACAGAGGGGAGAGCACAGUGGGUAACUACAUACCAUAGACAGCGGGGCAUGGGGCAGGGGCUGGGAUGGCCACACUAGCACAGGGGGCAGUUAGUAGGUAACACACAGGUACACAGGGCGGGUUGGGGCUGCAGUCGGAUUGGGAGAGAUCAAGCGGCGGAGCAGCUGGAAGCGGAUUAGGGGCACAGUAACUGACACUGGGAAACUAGACACCACUGUGUUCUGUUAGUAAUUUAUUUGUGACACCAGCUACAAUGGCUUGUCUACAUGAAACACGCACCCCCUCACCUUCCUUUGCCAGUUUGCUAUCGGAUGGACCUAUUCGCCGCCUGGAUAUUGAUACCCCUCCUGGCUGUACCCCUGAGCAAGAACUGACGCCCACACAAUGUGUUCUCCGUGGUGUGGUGCGAUCUGAGGGGGGCUCUCCACACAAUGAUGACUGUACAACACCCCUUACGCACAGUGUGUCUCAGGACCCACAAAAGGCUGAAGACAGGGGUGGAGGGGGUGCAGCAGAUUGUCCCUUAGAAGACAGGCCAUGUCGGGCAUUGGGAGAAGGCCGUAUGCAGUGUCAAGCAGGGGUUGGCUUUCUCGGAGGGCUUUUUGGAUGUCUGAGACCCGUCUGGGCAAUGAUUGGGAAAACCUAUUCAACGGAACACAAGCAGGGAGAAGACCCAUGGGAGGUUCCAUUUGAAGAAAUCCAGGACCUGCAGUGGGUGGGCAGUGGAGCCCAAGGAGCUGUCUUUCUUGGGAAAUUUCACGGUGAUGAAGUGGCUGUAAAGAAAGUGCGAGAUAUUAAAGAAACAGACAUCAAACAUCUCCGCAAGCUAAAACAUCCUAAUAUCAUCACCUUCAAGGGUGUGUGCACACAAGCUCCCUGUUACUGCAUCUUAAUGGAAUUCUGUGCCCAGGGGCAACUGUAUGAAGUCUUGCGUGCUGGGAGGAAGAUCACCCCUUCUUUAUUAGUAGACUGGUCCAUGGGCAUCGCAGGUGGAAUGAACUAUUUGCACCUCCAUAAAAUAAUCCACCGAGACCUCAAGUCACCUAACAUGCUCAUUACUUAUGAUGACUUGGUCAAAAUUUCUGACUUUGGUACCUCCAAGGAGUUGAGUGACAAGAGCACGAAGAUGUCCUUUGCGGGUACAGUUGCUUGGAUGGCACCCGAAGUCAUACGCAAUGAGCCUGUUUCUGAGAAGGUGGAUAUUUGGUCCUUUGGGGUGGUUCUUUGGGAGCUGUUGACAGGAGAGAUCCCUUAUAAGGAUGUGGAUUCCUCUGCCAUAAUUUGGGGGGUGGGCAGCAAUAGCCUGCACCUCCCUGUGCCAUCCAGUUGUCCAGACGGAUUCAAACUGCUGCUAAGGCAGUGCUGGGACAGCAAGCCAAGAAAUCGGCCAUCUUUUCGACAAAUUCUGUGUCACUUAGAUAUUGCUUCGGCUGAUGUACUGUCCACCCCCCAGGAGACCUACUUCAAAUCCCAGGUGGAGUGGCGAGAUGAGGUUCGGUUACAUUUUGAGAAAAUCAAGUCAGAAGGAACGUGUCUGCAGCGUUUGGAGGAGGAGCUGAUAACACGGCGCCGUGAGGAGCUAAGGCAUGCCCUGGAUAUUCGAGAGCACUAUGAGCGCAAGUUGCAGAGAGCAAACACACUGUAUGUGGAGCUGAACUCACUCAUGCUGCAGCUGGAGCUGAAGGAGAAGGAGCUGCUCAGGAGAGAGCAAAUAUUGGAAAAGAAAUAUCCCGCCAUACUGCGCCAGCAACCUCGUCCCUCCAGUACGGUGGAGAAACUUAUCAAGAAGCGGAAUGUACCCCAGAAAUUAUCCCCGCAUGGAAAAAGGCCAGACAUUUUGAAAUCUGAAGUCCUGCUACCAAAAGUAGACUCUGUCUUGUCACCAUCUACCCCUACUGGUUGCCAGAAACUCCCACCAUCCCCUGGAAGGGGCCGUCGUGGAAAGCCACGGUACCGCAAAGCAAAGGACAUGGUCAACUUAAGAGCUGCAGUUACCCCUGAGCCCACCCCGCAAAGCCAGCCUCCUGCUCGUGAUCCGCAUCCUCUGUCUUCCUCAAGCCCCGACCUGUUAUGUACCCCUCUGGAGGCCGAGGCCCGUAGGGGGAGCCAGAGUGCAGAGUCUUCCCCUGUUCGGUCUUUGCCUGGUCCUCCAAGCCCAGACUCCCCCUCAGGACGGGCAGCAGGGAGCAGAGCAGCCAGGGGAGGGCAGCACCUCACACCAUCAGCCAGGCUGUACAGAGCUGCUGUAACAAGGAGUCAGAAACGAGGGCUGUCCUCAGAAGAGGAAGAGGGGGAAGUUGACAGUGAGUUGGAGAUGGAGAGAAGACAGAGUGGUGGUGUGACUUGCAGGUGGCCGACAGGGAUGUCCCAGAAUCAGUCACCAAGUUCGGAAAACCUGUCAGACGGGGAAGAAGGGAACACUACCGACCCCUCUCACAGUGUCACCCCUGAUGUGCUGAGCACUAACACAGACGAACGCCCCGAUGAUCGAUCAGAGGAUCUGGUGUCCCAAAGCUCUGAGCCCCCACUGGAUCUUCUCACCCAAUCCGAUGGACUCUCAGAGAAGGAGGCAGUUAUCCAGAAAGUGAAAACACAGCUGAGCAAUGAGCAGACUGCAGGAGAGAAUGUUGUGCUGUAUGACGAUUCUGACUGUGACAGCGCUGAACUUGACCAUUCGCUCUCUGCAACAACCUCAUGAUGCCACUGCAGAUAUACCUCCCGACUGUAUAUAGAGGAAAUAUUUAUAUAAAUAUUAUCUAUAAAUAUAAUACAUAAUAUGUGAAUAGACUGAGCCACACCUAUUUCCCUUUAUCAGGGAUCGGCAACUUGUAGCUUUCCAGCUGCUGUUAACAUACGUAUGGUCGUAGAUUGCUGGGUAUUGUAGUUCAGUAGCAGCCAGUGAGCCACGGGUUGCGGAUCUCUGCUCUAUAUCCUUCCUCACCCAUCACCACCCAUGCACCCUACACAUACCAUCCCUUCACAUCUAGCUGGGGAUGAAAUAUGGAAGCACUGGAAGCCUGCACCCCAAAGAUGAAGGAUCUAACAAAAUAAAAGUAGCCCCAUGGCUGCCACUGAAACCUUCCAUACACUGGCAGCCAAGGAGUUAAUGAGCACAAAGUGAAAUGUUCUCCCCUUUCUAUGUAGAACCUCAUUGCAUGGUAUUUAUGAUCUCACUAUGCAUGGACAGAAUAACCCCCAUUUAAAUGCCUGGUGGGCAUCCAGUGCAUGGCAAGCAAAUUGCAACAUUGUCUACCAGAGAUGAAAAAUUACAAUCUUUUCCAAGGUACCCGGGGGCGACAGUUGCUUCGGUGUCAUGAAACUGUUAAUGUGCGGUGAUCUCCUUGCCUGUCGGAGGCCUGCAACACAUUGCCAAGUAACUUCUGCCAAAGGAUGGGUGACAGCUUCUCGGGCAGACAAGUGCUCAGUGGAGUCCAAGGCACUGAGUGCAAGCUGUGCAGAACACUUCAUGGAGCAAUACUUUUCAGGGAGUCCUUGCAAGAAAGGGAUGGAAAGGCGGCGCUCCGCCAGUCACUCCUGCAGUUAUCUGUCUGUUCUUCAUGGUGCUAUGCCCUGUGGCUCUGCCUUUAUAUUCCUUAGGGUAAUGGAUCUGUAGGGCACAUUUAGUAGCAGGGGGUGAACUAAAUUCUCAUCUGGUUCUGAACUCUUGGACUUGUCUAUCUGCAGCGGCGUAUGGCAACGUGUUCUAGGCAUUUGUGGUGGCCAGGGGUUAAACAGAGGAGGGAUAACACAGAAAUGAUCUAUAAAAGUAUAUAAAUAUAUAAGAAUAGGUCAUAUUUCUUUAUAUAUUGAGUAUUCCAAAGCAGGUUCUGUAUUGAUCCAUUCUCUAAUACAGGAGCAGUACAAUCCAAUGUUACACUUAAAUAGGUGAUUGUGUGUCCCUUUGUCUUGUCCCUUUGCUAUAGUUUGCUAGAGAGCCAGCAUUGGCAACUGAAUGGCUUUAGAUGUUGCUGAAUUCCAGCUCGUUGUUGAACAAUAUCUGACGGGCCACCCCCAGUUGCCCAUGCUGGUUAUAGAGCCCAAGGACCCAAAAUAAAGGAAACACUGGCAGAAAUAUCUUAUUUUUCAAUGGCAUUAAUGUUGUAGAAUUGUGAGGUGAGCUACCAUGCAGUGCUAAUUGUGCUUUGGCAGCUGUGUGGCUGAGGGUACAUCACUUUUAACAGAUCUAUAGGAGCAAGGCCAGAUCUGUAGCUCUCGCUGUACUCACAGUUUAUGACCUUAUGUAAGCUAUUUGUUAAGACACUGCACAUGCUAAGCACAGACAUGUCAGGUGCCCAUAAAGUAACAGGGGUGCAGGGAGUGUGGGGGCACAGGGCUGAACAGGUUGCAGUGUCUUGACAUAUAGUGUUUCAGUGCACUGCAGCCUGUGUUUUGUAGAGAAGUAGGGCUUCUCUGCCAUGGGGCCCAAGUAAUGGAAGUCAGGUCCCAAAGAAGUGGAAGUCAGGGCCCAACCUGGACUCUAAAUAAGUUGAAAUCUGCAGGAUAAUUCAUAAGUGCUUGUACUUACUGAAACUAUAGUAUAUAUGACUGCCAGGGUCAUAUUUUCUUAUAUAUGUAGCUUACUUUAUAACUGAGGAGGCCUUGAACAAUGUUGAACUGUAGAGAAGUAGGGACUCAGUCACAGAGGGCUUGGAAACAUUUUAUCUGAUUGUUAUCAUAAAUUGAUCCAGAUUUGCUUUUCUCUUCUGCCUUACAUGGCAUUCCAAUGUAAAGAACAUCCAUGCCUGGGCUUGUGGUGCCAUGGGUGUGCCAGGUUACUGAUACUUGUGAAUCAUCAGCAAGCUGAGCAGACUUUUCCACUGUAAUGUUUUCACUUCUCUCUGUCAAUAUAACCUAAGGUCUUGCUGUAUUCAUUGUGCCAGAGGCCAAGGGAUACAAGGUCCUCCCCUCCAUGGAGCCAACAUUAUAAGUCCUCAGUGUAUUGUGCCAACUAAGUAGAUUGGGGCCCUGCUGAAAAAAAAAAUUGUGCUCACUUAUAUAACAUGCUUGACCAUGCCUCUGAUCCACCCAGGACCACAGCUUGUUCCAACCAACAAUGGCAGCCUUGCUUGUGCCCAAUGUAUUGUGCAGCUGGGUCUGUCCAGCAUUGUUAUAUCCGGCACAAAGCAUGAUGGGGGAACAACCAUAACUGUAUAACAUACUAUGUCACUCAGAUGUUUCCUUUAUUUUGCUAGUUACCUGUAUAACCAGUGGAUCUGUAUGUCGGCUAAUUGUUGCUUAUUGCCCAGCUGGACUAUAACACUGGUCACGGCCAUGGCACCCAUUCCUACAGACAGUGAGCAUCAAGUAAGUUCAAAGCCUAAUUAUUAUGACGCUGGGACAUGAGGAAUGAGAAUAGAUAUUGCAUUAUAGGACCCAAUGACAUUAUCAAGGCAGCAAACUGCGUAGGGUAAUAUGGGAAGAGCAGGCUGCCCUUGGUGGAAUGCUUGCUGCUAAAUGGAUGGGAAUAGGGAAUGGUUAAUUGACUUACUAUAAUGUUUCAUUACAAAACAAAGAAAGCACUUACACAGAUAAGGCCUUGUGUGCAUUCAAUGCGCGCUGAACUUUAUCUCCCAGCUGCAUCUGAUGCCCAGCGUUGGCACAGUUACAAUAUUCCCAGCACCCCCAGCUUAAGAUUUAGUUCCAAAUACUGAUGUUUAGUCCAAAUGUCAUCAAAUUGUGAUGCCACCACCAUAAUCCAUAGGCAAUAUAUAAAAGAGUAAAGAAAGACAAAACCGGACUUUAAAAUAAUUGUACUUUCCAUACAUACUGCUUUUCGGAUCACAUACCAGGGCACAUAUAUUUUAUAUGAUACUCCCGUGUUAAACCUUUAGUUCUCAGUUUGAUACAAUAUCCACCUGGAUAUUGGGUCAAACCACAGCUUUGUCCUUUACCAGGAAGCGUACAGACCAAAGAAGAGUUGUUAUAUUACAGAAAAUACAGAUAAAGGCCAAGUAUUACCAAUAUUACUUGCUAUAUUGGUGGUUCGGAAUUCACACAGCAGAAAAAACAGGGAGUAUUGUGAAUUCUCCCUAGGAUUUGAACUGGGAGCAGUACUCUGCCUCGGCUAUAUCUGCCAACGCGCCCAUUUCAAAAAUCAAAAGUUUUGACUAUGCUGUAAUAUGCCCAAAUCUACCCACUUCCUAAGAAGCCACACCCCUUUCCAGCUAAAAAAGCAGGCCUGCCCCUUGGAGGUAACUGCGGGUAUUCCCCGCUAUUUCUUGCCUCUCUGACAGAUAUAAGACAAACUGCCCAUUAUUUCAUAUUCUAUACCCAUUAUAUAUAUCUGACUGAAACCAAGAGGGGUGAGAGAUAUUUACAAGAUGAAUAGAGGCAUUAUUCUUACUGUAUGGUACAUAUAGUUGAUCACUCAGGCAUAGGUAGAUGUCCAGCAAAUGUCCUCUAACUGAUGGCAUUGUGUGCAAUGAAAGGCCUUAUAUCAUUAUACAAUAUUUUAAGUACCCCUUAAAGCAAGAAUGUUAGACCUGUGAAUUCCACCUGUCCACCUCAACAGCUGGAUAUUGGCAUUGGCCCCUUAACACUGGCUAGGAACUGCAGUAUCAUUUGAGAAUGGUACAGCCCUCAGUGCAAGUUAGACAUUAGCUGCUUCUCUAGGUAAGGACUGCUUUAAACUAACAAUCAGAGAGAGGCCCUUUAGUGGCAUCAAUAAAAAUCACUGUAUAUUUAUAUAUUUCACAUGCAGUGAUAUUGAUCUUCUCUGUUGUUUGAUAACACCUAGGAAAAGCAAUAGGCACAGGGAUAGUGUUUUGGGUGUUAGAGGCAUAGCUAUGGACCAAUCCGUGCCGACCCAGAAUCCCUCAUUGGUGUAAUGUCAUAUAGGCAAUGGAUUAAGGACUAGGGGUAACUCCUUCUCUUGGAAAUAAUAGGGUGGCUAUGGCAUCAGACUGGAGAAGUAUGGAACAUUUACAUGUGGGUUCGCCUCAUCCACAGUGUGGUACAGGAAAAUCCCUCUUGGGGUUCAUGGGAAGAGAAGUAUACUCAGUAGCAUAGACGGGAACCUUGAAUAGUGAUUUGAUAUUGUUGUAGACACUGAUAAAUUGUAAUUUGGGGCCCAUCUUGCCAAAGAAGUAGUUACCACUCCAUAAUGAUAUAUAGUAUAGUAUAUAUGUAAAUGAUAGUGAUGGACCCAGAAUGUGGUGCAGUACAAUCAGUUGACCAACCCACAUGGCAUGUUUCUAGUUGUUGGCCAGAGGUUAGUUAAACCACGCUCCAGGGUGCCAGGACCUAUCUGCUGUAUAUGGGUUUCUUUUUCUCAGGGCUGGAGUAGUAAUGGCUCCAUGGUGAUGUGCAUUUGGUUCUGAUGAGAGAAUCAAUAUCCUUAGAUCCUGCCAUCUUUAGCUAGGGAUCACCUCUCUAGGAUUUGGGGGAAAGGUAUAGUGUCUCCAGCAUGAAGUGCAGUAUGGACCCUCUAAUGAAGACUUUAUAUAAGGGAUGCUGUAAUUGUUCACUACACUACAUUCCGAUCUGUACUGUCCACUUCUGUUUCCUAUCUGCUGAUUGAUAAGCUUUGCCUUGAACUGUUGCAACCAUUUGUACUGCUUAAGGGACAAGUAACAGCAGCCCAAACCCCACAUCUUCAAUAUUCAAUACACUGGCCAUAAGGCUGAACUCUUGAGGUGUUCCACAUGCAGUGCUGCUCCCUACCAGACCGGUGCAUCUUAGUGUGUAUGUAUUGCAAAAUCAGCAGGACCCUGGGCUAAAUGCCACAAAUACUACGUAUAACCUAUUAAAAAGAUGAGCAUUUUGUAAAGAAA